AUGCCGCGCCUUUCGUUAAAGGCGUUCCUGCGGCGGCAGCAGGUCCUGCAGCUCUACAGGGGCAUCCUGCGGGCCCUGCGCCACGUCCCCGCCGAGGAAGAUCGCCGCUACUUAAAGGACUGGGCCAGGGAGGAAUUCAGGAGAAAUAAAGAUGCUACGGAAGAGGAUGCAAUCAGGAUGAUGAUUACUCAAGGCAACAUGCAACUUCGGGAACUUCAAAGAACCCUUAAGCUGGCAAAAUCCUGA